GCAACAUCUUAAAUAAGUACAUGUGUUCCGUUGUCGUUUCGUAAAAUGGGCGCGUUUCGAAAUACUGUACUGUUCAUUUCCCUGCUCGUUUAUACCGGUGAUUGCGAAACCCCGUCGAAGAUUAAAAUUCCCUACGAUAGAAUACAAAUUCAAGUAUUUAGCAAGAUUUCCGAUAGGACGCCGCUGUUUUACGCACCCGUCGGAAGACUCUUGACAUCUACUCUGGUUUCGGCUUCCGUGACCAUAGAGCCAAAUACGAACUGUCUGUUCGGAUCGGUUACAAUCACUCGGGUGGAGGAUGAAUGGGCUUUUACCGGUUUUGCACGAGACCAAGCUUCCUGGCUCAUGUACCUCCGUGUGCAAGCCAAGUUGCCUCCGUUCGACUUUAAAUGGAUGCUGGUAGGCUACUCAACCAAUGACUCCACCCCAACGACCACAACCAGUGCUUGGCAGUUCCUGACCAACUGGGACCCGACGGCCUCCGUGCGCAUUGCCUGUCCCACGGACGCCACGUACAACGAUACGAUGCGGGACGAUAGUGGGAUUGUUGCAUCGCGUUUAUUUGUUGCUUUCGCAAUAGACUCGAGCGUUCGUUCGACUCUACUGUGCAUCGAUACAACCCAUCUUCCCAACAACACGAUUGUUAACUUCGUUGCGGAACGGCUCUCAGCCGGGCAAAAUCACGUGUUUAUGUCCGCUAAGGAUUACAACAGUUUUACUAAAACGCUCGUUGCAGGAGCCGUUGAAAAGUUGUUAGGCGAAAACGAGUUCGUUGAAGAUGACGAAAUGGAAAGACUGGAAAGGGAACGGAAAAUGGAAGCUGUUUUCCCGUAUAAUUGUACCACAACCGCUAACUUUACGUCGGAAAUGUGGGAGGCAACGUUUUCGUCGACUGAGCGUCCCGAUGUCAAAGCACGCCGAUUGGAUGCCGUUCUCAGCGACCAUGGAGAUUGGGUGCGAGAGAUGCUGAAUGGCAUUCACAGUACAGCACCAAUUCCGGUAAUGCAAGCUUAUAACGAGGUGUUGGAAGAUGACGAUUUGUACUUCACUGACAUAGCGAAAUACACUUCAGGGAAAGUUCACCUGAAGGAGUUGUACGUGUUCUAUGUCAAUCUGGAAGUCCUCCGUCAAAAGACACCGAUUUGCAUCGGGAAUGUUACUAUUACGCCCAAGAGUGCCAAUUAUACUGCUGCGGUACCUGCGGAUGUCGGCGACAAGAUCGUGUUUAAUGAUGGAACCAGUCUAUAAUUAGACCAAGCAGGUUGUUGCAGAGUUUAAGGACUUCAGCUUCAGUGUUAAGAAGGAAGUAAAUAUGACGUCUAAGCUGAUAUUGUCGCUUUAAAGCUAUCGCUUUU